GACGUGAUAGCAACCGUACACGAUUGACUAUUAUUAUUAUGAUCAUAUUAUAAAUUUAAAUAUAAUACUAUCACGACGUUACAUUAGCUGGACACACUACAAACGAUUGUUGCGACGACAGACCGGUCGACCGGCCAUACUAGUAGCUGUAUAAUAAUUAGUACUUCACUGGUUGCACGUCCUUACCGGUCUUAGAACGUCUGACUAAACGCAUUUUGUUUUCAUGUGCGCCUUCGAACGCGUUAGAAAUGACAACUUCGACUUUCAGCAAAACCGACGAGUACGGUUUCGUGCGCCCUGAUGAUUUCGAUUACGUCGAAUAUGAAAAGUUCAUGUCCGUUUACCUAAAUUUACUUACCAAUUAUUCAAUGAAGUGGGUACGCCUUUUGUUGAACAAUUCACAGAUGAAGAGAAACGCCAAACUUAAAAAGUUUGUACGCACAGGAAUACCACUGGUACUUAGGGCACGGGUGUGGACUUCUGUCAGUGGUGUGCAAAAGUUAAAGGACCGGUAUGGACCAGAUAUGUAUAAACAAAUGCUAAGGAAACCAAUUAAUGAGGACAUCAGGAAUAUUAUCACGGUCGAUGUUCCACGAACAUAUCCAGACAACAUUUUUUUUCAUCCAAAUUCUGAAAAUCAAAAAACAUUGUUUAGGAUACUAUGUGCAUUUGCAGCAUGUAAUCCAGAAGUAGGAUACUGUCAGGGUUUAAAUUACAUAGCUGGUUUAUUGUUAUUAAUUACUAAAAAUGAAGAAUCUUGUUUUUGGUUACUGAGAGUAUUGGUGGAGAAUAUACUACCAGACUAUUAUUCAAAGACAAUGGAUGGUGUCAUUGUUGAUAUUGAAGUUUUUUCACGCCUAGUAAAGAAAAAAUUUCCUGAAGUGUCUCAGCAUAUGAAUGAUUUAGACAUGCCAUGGGCGCUAGUUGCUACUAAAUGGUUUAUUUGCCUUUUUUCCGAGGUUUUACCAAUUGAGACAACUUUGAGAGUUUGGGAUUGCUUAUUUUAUGAAGGAUCUAAAGUUAUAUUCAGAGUUGGUUUAAUGUUGGUGAAACAUUAUAAAAAAGAAUUGUUGGAAUGUGAAGACAUAGCAUCAUUGGCAGAAUGUUUCAAGUCAAUUGUUCAACGGCCGUUUCCUCUCAACUGUCAUAUAUUUAUUAAACAAAUGUUUACAGAAAUUGGAUCCUUACCUAUGUCAUUGAUUAAUGAUCUACGCAGACAAGUAUCUGCUGAACGUGAUGCUGAUAAAUCUACCUAUAAAAAUAGAAAAGGCUGAAAUUGUAUAGCUAUUAAUUAUAAGAGCUUAUGAAAUGUUUGUACAGAUGAAUAAAUUCUAGUCCUAUUAUAUUUCUAUGUUGUAACAUGUGGCCUAUAUUUAACAUUUUGAAAUCAAAGCUUUCAAUAAAUUAUUAACCUAUUAAAAUGUAUAAUUUUUAAAGUAUUAUAAUACAUUUUAAGCAACUCUUUAUAAAUUGGUUUCUAUGUUUAUUAUAAAUUUAUUCAGUUACAUAAAAUUAUAACUUGUUUCCAAACGUUUUUAUUGUAUACAUUAUGUUCAAUUUGUGGCUGUGGUCUAUUUUUACAAUGUUUAAAUAGUAAUAAACCCAAAACAAUCUUUUGUUACAUUUAAGUUUUAACUAUUUAAGUAAUACAAACCGCCAUGUAAUAAUGAGUAAAUUAUAGUUUAAACAAACUUUUAUAAAAAAUGAUUUUGUAUUGUAACAUUUUUUUUUUAAGAUUAAGGUGUAUUGUUGAAUUAUUAUAAUGUGUAUCUCAAAGAGCUAAAAUAAUGACAGUUAUUUUUUAAAUAUGUAUUUAUUUUUAUCAAAUAAUUUGAAUAUUUUUUAUAUAUUUCCAUUAAUGAAUUGAUAUGUGACUAAACAUAUCUGUGCAAUUGUAUAACUGGAAUGUAUUAGUAAUUAUUAUUUUAAGUGUUUGCCAUAAUAUUAUUGAGAUAAUAUGUUUUGUGUAUGAAAAUAAAUUCAAUUUUAUAUGA